AUGAUCCAUAGAGAUGUUAACAAAAUUACUGAUGAGAUGUUUGGAAGUGUGGCUGAAUACUUGAGGGCUGAGAUGUUAGGAGAUCUAACAAUAAAUGCUGCUUAUGUUAUAUCGAUUAGAAAUGUCAGGAAUGGCACAGACAUUGAUGGUGGAAAUGUCAAAACUGCAACAAAUAUGCAAGUGUCAAAAGAUUUUGUCUAUCGCUAUUUUUAUCCCGUCUUCAAUAGGUCUAACAUUCUUCUAACCGAACUACAAGACGUAGAUUUUGAUCCUUAUAUCCAACAGAUAGACGAGAUAUGCGAGCAGGUGAAGUAUUUGGAGAAAGUGACUGCUGAGUUGGAUGAAUAUUCUAAACAUCUGGAGUUGCGGUUGAAGAAGAUAUCAAAGUGA